AUGCGCGUCGCCAUCCUGCUCUGCCUGGUGGCCGGGCUCCUGGCGGUCCCCGCCAUGGCCAGGCGCUGCCAGGACUCGUGCGAUGCCACCACCUGCGACCACCCUUGCUCCUGCGAGUUCACCGAGCUGCGCUGCCCGGGCGCCAGCGGCGGGACAACGGGCACGGACUGCAACAACCCGUGCGAGUUCUUCGAGUGCCUCUGCCCUCCCUUCAACGUGCCCCGCGACAAGGGUCGCAAGCUGAUGCAGGGCGCCACCAAGAGCCCCCCCUGCAAGAAAUGCAACGGGCCUCGCGAUGAGACCUCUUGCGACUGCGGGAGCUGCACUGGCCGCUGUGUGAACUCCCCCCAGACCUGCCAGGGGUCCAAGUUUGUCUGCGAGAAGGAGCGUGUCGCUGGUGAGGGGGCCCCCAUGGGGGAGGGGCGGCCACCGUGGACACCAGCUGCCGGCAACGAGAAGGCGGCCAAUGGAGCGGUGGGGGUGCCCGUCCAGCGGCCGGAGCUGAAGCAGACGGGGACAGCGGGCGUGGUGGAUGGCAGCUUUUUGGUAGAUGCUGAGCCAGGACUGAUGCGGGAGCCAUAA